AUGAAGAACGGAGCAAACUUCCUCCUCUCACGAGCCAGAAGUGUACACCAUCCCUUGGAUACAUACAAUUCAAGCAACAAAAUGCCAAGCAACGAAGCCUCCCUCACAUGUUAUUCACGAAGCCGCAUACCAGAAGAUCACAAUGAGGACUCUCUCGUCUCAUUAUUCAUUGCAGCAUCUGUCCAAUCUUCCGCAAGUCCACCGCAAGCGGUUUCAUUGCCUUUCUCUUCUUUUUCUUUUCCUUCUGGCAGCCAAGGCAACCAAACAACAAGUGUCUUGGAGCUUCUUUCGGAGGUCGCCAAUCUAAUUGAAGAAGGAGACUCUCGUGGGAUCGAUGGCCCCUUCCAACUCGUCACCAAUGAGGCUCUUUCUUCUUCCCACGGAAAACAAGAACAGUAA